AUGACCAGCUGUCUCCAGCCUGAUGGGAGGACUCUGUGGAUAGCAGCACCUUCAUCAGGACCCCAGGAGGAGAGCAGCCAUCCCGUCCAAGUCUCAUGCCCCACGCCCCUCCCCUGCCAAGGAGGGCCGUUCAGAAUGAAGAAAAUCAGCCUUAAGACCAUCCGCAAGUCCCUCAACAUCAACAAAGGCAAGGAAGAAGGAGGGGGGGAUUUUGUCAUGCUCCAGCAGCCCUCGCUAGCGGCCGACUUCUCCAAGGAGGACGCUCUUUUCGGGGGCUGCUACAACAAAGACCUGGCGGGCUGCGACCUGGGAGGUGGUGGUGGAGGAGUGGAAGAAGAGGAUAAGGCGGGACACAACAAGGGCCGUUCUAAGAGCGAGAGCCUGAUGGGUUCUCUGAAGAGGAGGCUGUCGGCCAAGCAGAAGGCCAAAGUCAAAGGGGGCUCCACAGCCAUGGGGUCAGCUGAUGACGACGAUACCUUUUCCUCCUCCUCUGUGCCCAUCAGCUUCAACGAGGUCAAGGCCCAGCGGCCGUUACGAUCGGCAUCCCUCCGCAGCCACCAUUACAGCCCUUCUCCCUGGCCCCUGCGGCCUGUAAACUCAGACGAGGCCUGCAUCAAGAUGGAGGUGAAAGCUAAAGCCAUGGUCCACUCCCCGAGCCCCAGCCCAAACCUGAAUGGCGUGCGGAAGGAUUUCCACCACCAGGGUUUCCAGAUGGAGGGCAUCUUCCAUGAGCAGGCCGUGAAGAACCUCCAGGAGCAGGCCGAGUCCCUGAAGAACCUCCAGCAGCCCCAGAAUGGAGACCAGCUGCACCUGAACAUUGACGAACACGUGCCUGUAGUCCUGGGCCUCACGCCGCAGGACUACAUCCAGUACACCAUGCCUUUAGAGGAGGGAAUGUACCCAGAGGGGUCCCACUCUGUCUCCCACUCCUUCUGCCUAGAGGGGUCCUUGCCCAUGGAGGUGGUGACUGAGGCGGACAGUAGCUCUCUCCACCUCCACGCUGACCACCAGAGUCAGGAAGACCAGGAUCUGGUGAGUAUGAACCUGAACCUGUCGGCGGACCUCUUCAUGGAGUCUGUGAAUGGCCUCCUCAUCGGCUCUAAUGGGGUGAUGCUCCAGAGCUCCAGGGACAGGGUCGAUGCCCAACAACACCCCCCUCCCCCCCCCCCUCUCUCCCCUCCUGCCCCUGCUAUCCAGCAACGAGAUCCCCAGGACUUGCUCCGGGUUCAGUGGGGUGGACAUCCACGUGGCGGAGCGGGUGAGGCACCACUUGAACUUUGACCCUAACUCUGCUCCGGGCGUGAGCCGGGUGUAUGACUCAGUCCAGAGCAGCGGGCCCAUGGUGGUGACCAGCCUGACUGAGGAGCUGAAGAAGCUAGCCAGGCAGGGUUGGUACUGGGGGCCCAUCACACGCUGGGAGGCUGAGGAGAAGCUGGUCAACCUGCCCGACGGUUCAUUCCUGGUCAGGGACAGCUCGGACGAUAGGUACCUCCUCAGCCUUAGUUUCCGCUCCCAGACCAAGACCCUCCACACCCGCAUCGAACACUCCAACGGACGCUUCAGCUUCUACGAGCAGCCCGACGUGGAGGGACACACGUCCAUCGUGGACCUGAUUGAAUACUCCAUCAAAGAUUCGGAGAACGGAGCCUUCUGUUAUUCUAGAUCUCGCUUACCAGGGUCCGCCACCUACCCCGUCAGGCUGACCAAUCCCGUGUCUCGGUUUAUGCAAGUGCGCUCCCUGCAGUACCUAUGUCGGUUCGUGAUCAGACAGUACACCAGGAUUGACCUGAUUCAGAACUUGCCUUUGCCCAACAAGAUGAAAGACUACCUGCAGGAGAAGCACUACUGA